AUGACUAGAAGUGGAAAACUUGUUCAGUCAGAGCUCGUGGAUACCCUUGCAAUUGAAAAGUUAUCUUUUCAAUAUUUUCUGGAGAUUGAGCCUUUGUUUAUUAGAAGUCACAUAACAGAUCUAGGAAAAACAUGGAGGAUACUAAACAACGAAGGUACCCAUCAUGAUAUAUUUUUCAACAAAAAUGAGGAUCUACCACUUGUUAUCGGUGGUUGGACGGAGCUGCAAAAGUAUUACACACUACCAAAUGACGUGGUUAUUAUUGUCAGUUAUUACGGGAACAACAAUUUUGAGGUUGUCGGGUUUAAAGAGAUAACCGCAUUCGAGGAAUUACCGAAUUUUCAUAGUAGGUUCAUCAACCAUAUAUGGAUAUAUGCAUUUGAUGUCGAUCUUUCACCAAUUACUGUGUCCAAACCAAAAUUAGUUGAGUGA